UUGGAGGAGUUGAGUAGAGUAGAGUAGAGGCAUGCUGGAGGGAGAGUGAAGUGGCUGCUGCUGUUGUUGUUGUUGUUUUUGUUUUUGUUUGUCAGUAUGACCGCCGGACGCGUUUCCAACUGGACUCUUGUAGUGCUCACGUGCCAGCACAAGGACAGCGUGUAUGCGUUCCAGAGAGAACUGGAGAUACGGCAACAGCGUGGGGUCCCCCCUGGAACUCUGCUGCUCACUGUCCCUGACCCACAGGAGCAUGUAGGCAGUGGAGGAGCUACUCUGAACGCACUGCUGGUGGCCGCGGAGCAUCUCAGUGCCAGAGCUGGAUAUACAGUGGUGACUGCAGAUGUCUUGCAUGACGCGCACAUUCUCAUUUUGCACACGGGAAGAGAUUUUCCCUGGGAUGGCUGCAGUAGGGCGUUCUGCUGGAUGCCUGUUCAUGCACCUGAACAAACGGUCGAGGGUCCAGUUUGCUGCUUAGACAUGUUACUGAACUGCCUUUCGACUAAGGUAUGUGCUGGCUCUCCACCAGGAGUUUGGGUGUGUAGCACUGACAUGAUCCUGAGCAUCACAACAAUGCCAAAAAUGCUGUGGGAAGACUUUGCUGGUGUGCUGGCUGUGUCCUUACCUGGGGACAUAUCUUUUGCUGUUAACCAUGGAGUCUACCUUACAGAUGCACAGGGUGAAGUGCGUGAUAUUAUCUACCGAGGUUCAGAGGAGAGGAUAUGCUCUGCUCUGCUGCCUGAUGGGAAAGUUCCUCUGGUGUCAGGUCCUGUGUUUUUCUCCAGCUCUGUAUCUGAGAGACUUUUGCAAACACAUGUGACUCCUCCAUUAGACGGUUGCACUUACCUGGGCAUGGACUCAGGAGCAAUGCCUCUGCAGAUCUCUCUCUUUUUGGAUAUACUGAUGUGCCUGUGCUCAGACCUAACUGAAACCGAGUUUGUGAACGGAUCGAGUGCAGGUUGCAGUUCACCUAUAGGUCCACAAGGGGAGGCAUUGAGAAGCGCUCGCUCUGUGCUGUGGAGGACUUUGAGAGGCGUUCACCUUUUUCUGGUACACGCUUCCAACGGACGCUAUGAUUACUUGACGAUGUCUGGCAGGGAACAUAUUGUACGUCUGACCGAGGCAGGACCAGAGACACAGAUUCUUUCCCACAUACAGGAAUUGCAGUAUGUGAGCGAGAACAGUAGGAUCAUUAACAGUGUACUGGAAGGAGAGGUGCAUGUUGCAGCAGGGGCUGUUGUGCAGCACUGCCACUUACAGGGACCAAUUCAAGUGAAUUCUGGGUGCCUCUUUUCCGGCCUGGACCAGACCGUAUCAGAUCAACUACGCCGCUUGCCUCUCAGCAGCGACAUCAUUGUGCAGGGGCAGAGGGUGAAUGUGGGAGAACUGAAGUUAACAGUGUUUACAGUGUUUGGGGCGUAUGACAGUUUGGAGGCCCAGUGUGAUGAUGUUACUGCGACAUUUCUCAAUCAAACAUGGAGUCACUUCUUUACCAGCACCGAAAUCCAGAGAGAGGAUCUGUGGGGAGCAGCGAGUGGAGCGUCUCAGACUCUGCUGGACGCUCGCUUGUUUUUGGCCUUUGUGCCAAAGCGAGGCUCAGUAGGACUGGAUGGUAUUCGCUUUUUGCUAGGAAGCCCUGGGAGUAUAGAAGAUUGGAGGUCAGCAUGGAGACUGUCUCUUAGGGAGGUGCUAUCUCUCACUGACCAGCAGUCUGAACUUCAGUGGAGAGAGGAGAUGCUGUUUAGUGCAGCACGGAGAAGAGCGGUGGACACAUUAAAGGGCCACAAAUCUCACAACCUUCUGCCCUGUAUGAGAGCAGUAGUGCUGGGAGGCAGGCAGUCAGAUCUGCUGAGCACACUCGACUCUGUGGCUUUAGAGAGUUUUGCCGAUCUGGGUAUAGCUGCCCGCACUUUGGCUUGCAUCGCGGAUGUUCUUGGUUGCAUGGCCGGUGAGGGAAAAGGCGGUUUGAGGAGCGGCCCUGCUGCUAAUCCAUCCUGGGCUCCUGCUUUCAGGCUGCUAGAACAAGGCAAGCUCGAGGCUGGUGUCCUAGAACUGGCCAAUCAGAGAGCUCGCUGGCUCAACAGACCAGAUCUGCUGGUAAGAGCUGCUAGACACUAUGAGGGUGCAGGACAGAUUCUUCUCAGGAAAGCAGUGAUGUCAGCACGUCAGUUUGUGCACAUUGGACAAGGUGAGAUGCCACCAAUGGGAGAGUGGCAGGAGGUGGAGUGUCCUGCCAGGCUGGACCUCGCUGGUGGUUGGAGCGAUACUCCUCCCAUUGCGUUCGAGCAUGGAGGUGUGGUGGUGAACGUGUCGAUCAAGGUUGAUGGAAAACGGCCGAUCGGAGCCCGAGUGCGCCGCAUUCCAGAGCCCAGGCUUGUGCUCUUGAGCCGCAGCGGCCCUCCGGAUUGCAGCAUGACUACGCAGACAGUGUGUAAUGACCUCACCGACCUAGAGGACCACUGCCAGCCCCAUGCUCCAUGUGCCCUGUUAAAGGCAGUGUGUGUGUGUGGUGAUGUAGUGUGUGUUACGUCUCCUCUGACUCUGGAGCAGCAGUUGCUGCAGCGCUGGGGAGGACUGGAGCUGAACAGCUGGUCUCAACUGCCUCAUGGCUCAGGACUUGGUACAAGCAGUAUCCUGGCGGGUGCGGCUCUGGCAGCCGUGUACAGGUGCACCGGGCGGAGUUAUGACAACAAUUCUCUCAUCCAUGCUGUACUUCACCUGGAGCAGAUACUCACCACUGGUGGAGGGUGGCAGGACCAGGUCGGAGGGCUUGUCGGUGGAGUGAAGGUGGCGAGGUCUCAUGCCAUGCUGCCCCUCCGAGUGGACGUGGAGCAGCUUGUGCUCCCUUCAGACUUCCUCACUGCGCUGCAGGAGCGACUCCAGCUGAUCUACACGGGCAAGACACGCCUGGCACGCAAUUUGCUUCAGGAUGUAGUGAGAAAUUGGUACAGCCGUCUCCCGUCGAUUGUGCGGAACGCAGAGCAGCUGGUGAGCAAUGCUGAGGAGUGUGCACGUGCCUGUACGGAGGGAUCCCUUAGCGCACUUGGGGCCUGCAUGAACCGCUAUUGGGAGCAGAAGAAAGCGAUGGCUCCCGGAUGUGAACCAGCUGCAGUGAGAACCAUGAUGGAUGCCCUUCAACCGAUAGCCUUGGGCCAAAGCCUGGCAGGGGCAGGAGGCGGGGGCUUCCUGUUUAUUCUGACACGGCAGGGCCAGCAGGAAGAGAGUGUACGACAUAUUCUCAACAAUACACAGGGUCUCUCUGAUUUCACUGUGCACUCAGUGCAGAUCGACCUCGAAGGCAUUACCGUUUUACAUCAGAACCCAGGUAAUGCCCAGAGUCCCAGCUAAACUACACAAACUGCAGCGAGCUAAGCUAAGCGGAGCAGAUGAAGAUAUCCUGAAGGUGUGUACCAGAUGUAAUUGAUUGUAAAAAGACAAUCUUCUGUGGUUUGGGUUCGGGUGAGUCUGUGCUUGCUGUAGCAUCAGGUUUCCAGGACUUGGCGCCAUAAAGGCUUGAUGUGUGGUGUGUUUUGAAAUGUUAUUUUGCUUCACAAGUUUGCAAAGUCUGUAUGUACACUGUAUAUACUGGGGGUCGGCAACCUGCUUCUUGUCUACUUCCAGCAACUUGACCCUCGGUAGCUGAUAUCAAGGUCCAGACCCCUGCUCUCGUAAGCUAACUAUGGAUAAAUCUUUUAAAAAAUAUAUCAAUCUUAAAUGUAA